UCGAAGCUCUUCUUUCUCUUCCCCUCCUUCAUUGACUUUGCCCAACCAACACCAGCCUUCUCCCAUCAUCGCCAUGGCCCUCAAACCCGGAGACUCUUUCCCCGCUGACGUUGUGUUCCAGUACAUCCCCUGGACCGAGGAAAGCGGCGAGAUCUCAGCCUGUGGAAUUCCCAUCGCCUACAACGCUUCAAAAGAAUGGGCCGACAGGAAAGUUGUUCUGUUUGCCGUCCCGGGAGCCUUCACCCCCACCUGCUCCAUCAACCAUGUUCCGGGCUACAUCCAGAAUCUUCCAAAGCUCAAAGAGAAAGGCGUGGAGGUAGUCGCCGUCAUUGCUUCCAACGACCCGUUUGUGAUGAGUGCCUGGGGAAAGGCCAACAACAUCAAGGGCGAUGAUAUUCUCUUCCUCUCCGACCCUGAUGCUAAGUUCGCCAACUCCAUCGGCUGGGCGAACAGUGGCCGCACUGGUCGAUUCGCGAUCAUUAUCGACCACGGAAAGGUGACCUAUGCACAGAUUGAGACCGAGCAGGGCGUCAAGGUCUCCGGUGCAGAUGCUGUGCUGGCUCAUCUGUGAGCAUGAGGGCAGUAGUAAAGAGAGUAAAGCAAUCUAUAGAAUACAACUUCUCAUACUUUA